AUGGGGGUGCCACCCCCGGAAUAUGGGACGAGUCAGGAGAUGCAAAAACGACCGAAUCUCGACUCUCGAGUUACGUGGGAAAACACAAAUCAAGAGGAGGUAGGUGGAGAUGCCCCGUUCUGGGAGUUGGCAAACGAAACAGAACAGACAGGACCCAAGAGGGAAACGAGAGUUGACAAGGGAGGACAGAAACAACCAGCCGAGAUCCGGACCCAAUACCCAAUACCCAAUACCAAUGCAUCAGAGGCCCCAAAUAGGAACGCUCUCAUUCGUACCAAUACAGGCUCACCAUCGCAACUUAUCAACACCGACCUAGACGCUGGGAUAUCGGACAUCACCGCCCGGGUUCUCUGGAAAGUUGGAACAUUUCCCAAGCCGCCGGGUCCGAAACCCCUGCGCAACGGCGUCGACAAUUCGGGGAGCUCUCACUCCGGUCUUUUCUCAGAGGAGAGCACGUUGAGCCGAAACCUAAUUUUGCCUACAGCGCCAGCAAAUAACGGCGACGCUUGGAGCGACAGCAAUCAACCCACUUACGCAGUAGGUCAUAUUCCGAGAGACAAGUACUCUGUACUAUUCUCUACACUGUCUUGUUCCCUGCUUUUCCGCGCAAGAAAUCACAUCUGUGUCUACGACACUACCCUGAUAUACCUUACCUUGCUACGAACGCCAACCUCACUCACCUUCGCCCUAGCAGUCCGGUUUCCGACUGCCAUCUUGGCCCUUUCUCCUCUGCAGGCUUCUCCAACUCUCCAGUUGCACCUGUGGACCUUUACGGUGUACCCGCACACAGGCCGCAUUCCCCACGGAGGAAUUAUUUCGUCCUACCUGGAACAAACACUCCCAAAAAACCGCCCCCAACCAACAAUACAGGAGACCCCAGAAACCGCUGCACGUCAACCGCACCGCUUUCCCGGGAACUACCUGUCCAAAGAGAAAGACAUACUUGGUCACUCCCUUUUCCUUCUCCUCCUUCUCCUCAACAAGGUUGCCGCUUCUUCCGCCACACAUUUAUUAUACAUGGCAUCCCCCGCCCUCUUCCGUUCACUCUCCUUGCAUCGCCUCCAUUCACUUGCUCUUCUCUACCUCCCUUGUUCCUUUCACUCCUGUGUCGCGGAUAUCAUAUCUGACUGGCUCAAAUCCAAGCAGUCGACUGUCACUGUAAAAGGGUCCGACAACCACCGCAGCAAAGAAUCCCACCUGUCUCCGACACGUCCGAACCGGCGGCAACCCAUUUCGUCCGUCGCACUUUCUCACGCACUCUCGAGCCAAGCAGACCAGGAAGCAAGCAUCAGCAGUGCCAAGUACGGUAGCAAUACCAAGAAAUCAGCACACCAUCUUUUCCUGGUAUUGGACCCCUCCCUUCUCUUUCUAUCGACAAGAGCUCCUUUCCACCACCACCACCACUACCACCACCACCAUUAUCCUCACGCUCACCUCUAUUUCCUUCUUGUGCAACGUCAAGCGUCAGGCGGAAAGCCGAGCCAAAGCGUUGUUCUCGUCACCUCUCGAAAGGAACAGCAGCUACCGUGUAAAGUCGGGAGACUGACCUGGGUGAAUAUUACCCACCACCCAUAUUCUUCUGUAAGUCAGCAUCCGUGUCCCAUCACUGCACCUCACAUGUCAUGCUCGAUAACACAAGCACACCUCGAGGUCCUGAACCACAAGUUGUCUUGUCCCAUCCUGGCAAACCCUGCCUGCUGUGAACCCCUUCACGACCCCUUGUCUCUGGGCCUGGAUCACCCAAGCCUUGAGGCGUGCUUCACACCCGGACGCGUCCCAUUUUUAUUUCCUGAGCAGACGCAAAAGACGCUGCACCUCCGUCACCAACCAAAGAUAACUUCACCGACACGAGCUUUACCUUUUCGCUCCCCCACAGCUUUGUCCCCGUCCGUCCCCGUCCCCGAUUCUUCUUUCCCCCCAAACCUACCUUACCUUACUCACCUUAAGGUACCUCAAGUACAAGGUACUUGGGUACCCCUCGCCUCUUCCCCCGCCCUCGCCCUCGGCGUCUGGCAUCGGUCUCCCGCAUGGGCUUUCCUUAGCACCCCUCCCAUGUACGAAGUACGGAUAAUCGUGCACUUUAACAAAUACUUGACACUACACACGUCCUUCUCCCCCGAGGCUCCUACACCAACUUCUUACUCAUACCUACUUUCGCUCACCCGCAGCCCGCAUCGCACCGCCUGCGCACCACACUACAAACCCCCGACUCCCCGACAACGCAUUUCCAUCGCAACUUGUCAAGACUCAACUCUCUCCUUCUUCUUCUCCUUCUCCUCCUCCUCCUUCACCUCACUCCAAGACUCGACAAACACUUGGUCUUCUAUCGCUUGUCUCCGCUUCUGCGAACCAACAGGCAGCGAUUUCCUGCUCAUCUUUAUACACUUUCUCUUUCGCGCGCACACACAUACGCACCUCUUAACCGCCUUUCGGCUCGCUACCAUCUACGACGCCGGCUUCCCUUACUUAGGACGCCAUCCCCGCACCUUCCAUAUCACUCUAGUGGAUGCCCGUGUAACAACGGUUUUGUGUGCUGUCGACCAACAUUACAUAUUCCCGGCAUUUUCCCUUUUGCUCGGUGGCGUUCAAAACUGCCUGCGCCUCAAAACUGCGCGCAGCGAACCUCGGAGCACCUUUGAUUUGCGCAACCUGACCAUCAUAUUCGGCCGCAACGCUGACGAGUCAACUCACUACAGCUCUAACCUCUCCGGGUCAAACUUUCUCGAAUCAUUCCAGCAUAACAGCGCAGCCUGCAACUACGCUUCUUGA